AUUCGCAAACUGCACUCAUCCCACUCAUCGUGCAGUUUCAGUGCGGCAUUCGGCGCAGGCGAACAGCCCAUAGCGAUAUCGAAACCCCAUAGCCACAGGCCACAUACCAGAGAGCACAGAUCACAGGCCGAGAUUGCGAUGGCGGGCCCACUUUUGUGGCAAAACUUCAAGGUGUUCGUCACCCGCUACCCGAUUAUGCGCGGCAUGAUAUCGUACAGCCUGAUCUGGCCCACGGGCAGCCUCAUCCAGCAAACGGUUGAGGGCAGGCGCUGGGGCACCUACGACUGGUGGCGCGUGCUCCGGUUCAGCAUGUACGGUGGUCUGUUUGUUGCUCCUACCCUCUACGGAUGGGUCAAGAUUUCCAGCGCCAUGUGGCCGCAGACAUCGUUGAGGACGGGCGUCAUUAAGGCGGCGGUGGAGACGAUCUCGUACACCCCCGGCGCGAUGACCUGCUUCUACUUUAUCAUGAGCCUCCUGGAGUCCAAGACGGUGGAGCAGGCGGUAGCCGAGGUCGGCAAGAAAUUCCUGCCCACGUACAAGGUGGCUCUGUCCGUAUGGCCACUGGUGGCCACCAUCAACUUCACCCUGAUCCCCGAGCGCAACCGGGUGCCAUUCAUCAGCGCGUGCAGCCUGUGCUGGACCUGCUUCUUGGCCUACAUGAAGCACCUGGAGCACCACGAGGUGGACGGGGCCAUUUGAUGGACAUGAUCGUAUUUCUCAAACAGCAUUAAAUAAAAUAGUAAUUAUUGAACG